CUUCUGCUCUGUGCUGGGAGUUCACUUGCAGAAGAUUUCUUUUCACCAAAUGUGAACAUUAUUGCUGAGCUCGAGAAACUGAAAACCAUGGAUGAAACGAUAAAAAAAUUAGAAGAAACACUGUCCAAAGUAUUGAGUGAGAAGGAAGUCAAAAAGGUCGCCUUUUCUGUUGGACUUCUGGAAUCUGGAACAGGACACACUGGGCCAACUAACUCUCAAAAAACUCUGGUCUACAAGAAAGUCUUUAGCAAUAUUGGCGGUGCUUAUGACUCAAAUACUGGUAUUUUCACAGCACCAAUCAAAGGAGCCUAUUACUUAAGAUUUUAUGGUCAUUGUCAUGGUGGAACAACAGUGGCAGUCAGUCUCGUAAAGAACGGUGCAACCCAGUGCUCUCUGCAUGAUUGGAAGCCUGCCUCCAAUGGAAAUGCCAGCAAUGGUGUGGUUCUCACACUGGAGAUUGGGGAUCAAAUUUCUACACGUCUUUGGGCAAACACCUGGGUUUAUGAUGACCCAGCAAGUUACACCAGUUUUGGUGGUUUUCUGAUUUUCCCCUUGUGAAUGUUUGAAUCUUGUAGCUCAUAUCCAGUGCAGGAUGCAAUGUGAAACAAUUAUUGUAAUUGAACCUAAUUGUUCCUGUAUAAGUAAACCGCAUUCUAGUAAAGAAGAGGCAUAAAUAUGAGGAGAUCAUUGCUUUUUAGUUAGCCUCCAAAAAAAAAAAAAAAAAAAACCUAGAAGAAUAAAA